ACUUUGGGAUUCGCUCGGGUCUGAGCAGCCCGCGGCCCCCGAGGAACGCGGCCGGCCGGGCCCCCCGUCGAGUCCCCGCGAUGGACGACAAGAAGAAGAAGCGGAGCCCCAAGGCCGGCCUGGCCCAGCCCGCCUCGGCCAGCGCCUUGCGCAAAGUGCCCGUCCCCCCCAGCAAGAGUGCCUCCUUCUCCCUCGGCCUCCCUCACCUGCCCUCCCCCAAGCAGCGCGCCAAGUUCAAGAGGGCUGUCAAGGAGAAAUGCCGCCCGGUGCUGGCCAGUGGGGGAGUGGGCACGCCGGGGGCCCCCCUACAGCACUCGUUCCUCACCGACGUGACCGACGUCUACGAGAUGGAAGGGGGACUGCUCAACCUGCUCAAUGACUUCCACUCGGGACGGCUCCAGGCCUUCGGGAAGGAGUGCUCCUUCGAGCAGCUGGAGCACGUGCGGGAGAUGCAGGAGAAGCUGGCCCGGCUGCACUUCAGCCUGGAUGUCUGCGGGGACGGGGAGGAGGACGAGGAGGAAGAGGAAGAGGAGCUGCCUGAGGAGCAGAAGAAGAACGUGGCCGACCGCAACCUGGACCAGCUGCUGAGCAACCUAGAAGACCUGAGCAACUCCAUACAGAAGCUGCACCUGGCGGAGAACCCCCAGCCCGAGGAGCCCCCCACGGUCUAGCCUAGCAGGGGGCAAAACCUGCCCCGGACUCCGUGGGGGACCAGUCAGGAGAAGGAACAGCAGCAGCCGGGAGAGGAAGGGAGCUCAGGGAGAACCGGGGCCCAACUCCAGCCUCUGUAGUACGUGGCUCAUAUGGGACAAGGGGAGGGAGGGAGCGCUGCAUGAAGGGUUUGAGCCCUGAGGGAGAGACACCCCCCCCCCCCAGCUCUGCCUCAGUUUUCCUUCCCCUCACUCGAAUUGGCUGGAGAAACCCUUGUGGGACUGAGGGGGUGGGCGCCGGAAUCGAGCUCCAUCCCUCCUGCCCACCCUGAGGCCCAGAUUCUGGGUCCCCGGGGCUCUGCUCCCCAAAAUAUUCAACGAGCCGAGACCCAGUGGAGGGUAGGAGCCGGGGAUCUGUUGGCCCCCCCAACCCUGUUACACUGUGCCGGAGCCCCCUCCCCUGGGGCCUCCCCCACACUCAGGUGUGCCGUCUUCCAGCCCCAUACCACCCGGUGCUUUCCUCACCGCACACGACUGUGACUUUUGUACGGCAAUAUGGGUAUAUUUCACACCGUCACCACCAUCACCGGCCACCCGGCCCACCUGACACCAGUGGGCUGCUUGUAAGGUGUUUCCGUACCCUUUGGUGUUACAGGAGGGGGCAGAUGGAAAGUCUGGGUCCAGACUAGAGAAGCAGCGUGGCUCAGUGGAAAGAGCACAGGCUUUGGAGUCUGAGGUCAUGGGUUUGA